GACGACAUUAGUAGUGAGCACGAGCGCUUUCUGUUUCAAACUAGCUAGCUGACUGAAGAAAGGACGCUCUAUCAUGGCCGAUUCCUCUCCGAUGCCCGAGCUGCCGCAGGAGAGCAUCGACGACGUGUUGGAGCUGAACAAAGACCUGGAGCGAAUUAUAGAAGCCGUUGAGGACUUAUCAGUGCAGCUCACCUGGAUGGGCUACGACAUGGUGGCGCUGCGGACCAGUCCCGAGCUGGGCACCUCCAUGCAGAACCUGAGCGAGGCCUUCCAGAGAUGUCACGCUAUCAUCUGCGGAGACCACGAACCGGAGCCAGAGAGCGGCAGCUGAACGGACCUGCAGCCGCCGUUCAGACGUCAUCCCCCGGGUUCAGCUCACGAGACGACGAUCCUGCUUCUGGCUGAAAAACGUCACCAAAAAAAUUGUAUUCAGUGAUGUACAGACUUAUUGUUGCCUUCAACGUGCUGUGGGGUGUAAAGUAUUCUGAUGGCUUCAGCCUCUUUAAUUUAAGAAUAAAGAAAAAGAAAAAAAUGAGAA